CCGUUUCCCACCCCCUUCCUGCCUCUUCCCCCGUCCCCGCCGGCCGCGCACAGGCCUCGCUCCAACGCCAGGCCGCCGCGGUGGUGAGGGCGGGCUGCCGCAGGGCCGGGGAGGGCGGGCGGCGGGUCCCGCGGUGGUAGGCCGGGCUGCCGGCUGGCCGCCCCCGGAGCACCCCUAGAGCCGCGGCGGCAAGGUGGGGAGCUGCAGCCGGUCUGGUUCUGCUGGGGCCGGUGGGGUUGGUGUCGGCGCCGGUCGGCUCUGUUUCGGCUCCCCGCUGUGGGUCCCAGGUGCCGGUUUCCCCCUCAGCCCGGCCGGGCAGUCAGCGGCGGGUCUCGGCGCCCUCUCUCUCCCUCCGCCGAGCCUGCGUCGACUGGGAUCCGCCUCUGGAAACCCUGGGUCGGUGGGAUGAAUCCGGGCCUCCCUGCCAUCCCGUCCUGCUGAACAGCAAGUAAUUAAUACUGCUUCAGCCUGUGCUGGCUCGGAGUUUAUCCCUAGGUUAUGUCCUACAAGCAGCUAAGGCUUUAGAAAAUGAAGGAUGUUACUUACACAGUUAAAUAGAAGCCUGACAUUAAAACUGGUGACAUUGGCUUUUAAAAGGAAACAGCCUUUCUAGUAUAAACAAAACACAUUGCACCAUGGCGGCAGACUCUAUGGAAAUUGACGAUGCUUUGUAUAGCCGCCAGAGGUAUGUUCUUGGAGACACAGCAAUGCAGAAGAUGGCUCAGUCCCACGUAUUCCUGAGUGGUAUGGGUGGUCUUGGUGUGGAGAUUGCCAAAAAUAUAAUUCUGGCUGGGGUUAAGGCUCUUACAGUUCAUGACACCAAGCAGUGCACGAAAUGGGAUUUGGGUAUCAACUUCUUCAUCCACGAAGAUGAUAUUACCAGUCAAAGGAACAGGGCUGAGGCCACACUUCAUCGUAUUGCAGAACUCAAUCCAUAUGUCCAUGUAGCAGCAUCAACUGUGCCGCUGGAUGAAACCACAGAUCUAUCUUUUCUAAAGCAGUACCAGUGUGUCAUAUUGACAGAAGUAAGUCUGUUGCUGCAGAAGAAGAUUAACGACUUCUGUCAUACUCAGCAGCCACCUAUUAAGUUCAUCAGUGCAGAUGUAUAUGGAAUAUGCUCACGUUUGUUUUGUGACUUUGGUGAUGAAUUUGAAGUGCUGGAUACAACAGGAGAAGAACCAAAGGAGAUCUUCAUUUCAAAUAUAACACAAUCAAAUCCUGGUAUUGUCACUUGCCUCGAAAAUCAUCCACACAGGCUUGAAACGGGACAGUUCUUAACCUUUCGGGAAGUUAAUGGAAUGUCAUGCUUAAAUGGAUCCACACACCAAGUAACAGUGGUGUCACCUUAUUCCUUCAGCAUUGGUGAUACAUCAGAUAUGGAGCCUUACUUACAUGGAGGCAUAGCUGUCCAAGUGAAGACACCCAAGAUGUUUUAUUUUGAACGUUUGGAGAAGCAGAUAACAAAUCCAUUAUGCCUUGUGGCAGAUUUUAGCAAGCCUGAGGCCCCUUUGCAGAUCCAUAUUGCCAUGCUUGCCUUGAACCACUUCCAGGAGAACUUUGGUCGCGGACCCAACAUCGGAUGCCUUCAAGAUGCUGAGGAAAUGCUGAAAAUAGCCAUGUCCAUAAGUGAAACACUGGAAAACAAGCCUCAGGUGAAUGGAGAUAUAGUGAAAUGGCUGUCCAGGACUGCUCAGGGAUUUCUAGCUCCUCUGGCUGCAGCAGUGGGUGGUGUUGCUAGCCAAGAAGUCUUGAAAGCAGUAACAGGAAAAUUUUCUCCAUUGCAACAGUGGCUUUAUAUAGAUAUGUUAGACAUUGUAACACCUCUAGAAAAAAUGGGCUCUGAAGAAUUUCUCCCACGGGGAGAUCGGUAUGAUGCCUUGAGGGCUUGUAUUGGAGACUCUUUGUGCCAGAAACUGCAUGAUUUGAAUGUUUUUUUGGUUGGCUGUGGAGCGAUAGGCUGUGAAAUGCUAAAAAACUUUGCACUUCUUGGUGUUGGCACUGGGCGAAACAAAGGAUUGGUUACAAUUACAGAUCCAGACUUGAUAGAGAAGUCAAACCUGAACAGACAGUUUCUUUUUCGACCUCAUCACAUACAGAAACCUAAGAGCUAUACUGCAGCAGAAGCAACCCUGAACAUCAAUCCUUACUUAAAGAUUGACUCAUACAUUAAUAAAGUUUGUCCAGCCACUGAGAACACUUACAGCGAUGAAUUCUAUACCAAGCAAGAUGUAAUUGUGACCGCUUUGGACAAUGUUGAGGCGAGGAGAUACAUUGAUAGUCGUUGUGUAGCAAACCUGCGUCCUCUUAUAGACUCUGGAACUAUGGGAACAAAAGGACACACGGAAGUUAUUGUGCCCCAUCUGACAGAGUCCUAUAACAGUCACCGGGAUCCACCAGAAGAAGAAAUACCUUUUUGCACCUUGAAGUCUUUCCCAGCUGCCAUUGAGCAUACGAUACAGUGGGCAAGAGAUAAGUUUGAAAGUUCAUUUUCUCACAAGCCUUCACUGUUUAACAAAUUCUGGCAAACCUAUCCGUCUGCAGAAGAAGUUUUACAGAGAAUAAAAUCAGGGGAGAGCUUAGAAGGCUGUUUUCAUGUUAUUAAAACGCUCAGUAGGAGACCCCGAAGCUGGACUCAAUGUGUGGAACUAGCAAGAGUAAAAUUUGAGAAGUAUUUUAGCCAUAAGGCUCUUCAGCUCCUUCAUUCAUUUCCUCUUGAUACACGAUUAAAAGACGGAAGUUUGUUUUGGCAGUCACCAAAGAGGCCACCUUUCCCAGUGAAGUUUGAAUUUAACGAUCCUUUGCAUUACAGUUUCAUUGUGAGUGCAGCAAAACUCUUUGCAACGGUGUACUGUGUUCCUUUCACAGAAAAGGAUUUGUCAGAGGAAACUAUUUUGAAGAUUAUUUCUGCUGUGAAGGUACCAGAGUUCAGACCUUCAAACAAAGUUGUACAGACUGAUGAAACUGCAAGAAAACCUGAUCAUAUUCCAGUCAGCAGUGAGGACGAAAGGAAUGCUAUUUUCCAGCUGGAGAAGUCUAUACUAUCCAAUGAAGCUCUGGAAAGUGACUUGCAAAUGAAGCCCAUCUCCUUUGAAAAAGAUGAUGAUAGUAAUGGGCAUAUAGAUUUCGUAACAGCAGCAUCAAACUUGAGAGCCAAGAUGUACAACAUCGAGCCAGCAGAUCGGUUCAAAACAAAGCGCAUUGCUGGAAAGAUUAUUCCUGCAAUUGCAACAGCUACUGCUGCAGUAUCAGGCCUGGUUGCACUAGAACUCAUCAAAGUUGUGGGUGGUUACCCAGCUGAGGCGUACAAGAACUGUUUUCUGAACCUAGCCAUUCCCAUAAUGGUCUUUACAGAAACUGCUGAAGUAAGAAGAACGGAAAUCAGAAAUGGGAUAUCAUUUACAAUCUGGGACAGAUGGACAAUUUAUGGGAAAGAGGAUUUUACUCUGUUGGACUUCAUAAAUGCUGUCAGAGAGAAAUAUGGAAUUGAACCAACUAUGGUUGUACAGGGAGUCAAAAUGCUGUAUGUUCCUGUGAUGCCUGGCCAUAUUAAAAGACUAAAGCUGACGAUGCAAAAGCUUGUGAAACCAUCAGCUGAUAAGAAGUAUGUGGAUUUGACAGUAUCGUUUGCUCCAGAAACAGAUGGAGAGGAAGAUUUGCCAGGGCCGCCAGUGAGAUACUACUUUGUUCAGGAAGACAAUUGAUGGUAGAGACACAAAAGUCGCUCCCGGACCAUUUGUUCUGAAAGGAGUGUGCUAAUUUUCAGCUAUUAAAGAUGGUACUAUAUAUUUCUUUUUGGUGAAGCCUUAAUUAAAACAAAUGGUGAGAAUCAGUGGCUUUGCACUGAAGACAAACUGGAUUUGUGUUUCAUCUGCUCCUGUUUUCUUCAAAGCUGUUUGCUCAAAGGAGGGUGGUCACUCCAUGAGAUGGAAUGUCCAGUACAGUCCUUACCUUAAAGACUAGAUUAGUAUUGAUUUGUGGGAAACUGAAGAAAGCAAGAAGAAUGGUGGACCUAACAAAUGGUCACUAUGUGCAAAUUAGGCGCUGCUUAUAGAAGAGUGCAAAAAAUGGGGCAAUUGCCAUUUUAUUGUACUCCUGGUGUUCUAAGAACAUCUCAGAUCCAUUUCAUAUGUUACUUAAUUCUCAAAAAUGAAUUUCAUACUUGCUAUCUACAUGUGAGAUUUAAUCCAUCUAAAAGGUUUAAACUCCCACUUAAAAGCAGACGAGCUGCUUUAUUGUGGGGUUGGUGCUGUCUUCUAAACAGUGGUGCUGAUGUGUCAGAGCAGCUAUCUUACAUCAGUUUCAACAUGGAAGCAUAGGGGGGCAGGUCUUGACUAGGUGUGUUGUCACAGCUCCCUCGAAGUCAAGAGAGCUGGAAUUGGUUAUCUGCACUAAGACUGUUCUUUGGGAAAUACUGCAAUAUGGAGAAAGUGGAAAACCUAUCAGAGAGCUGAGUUAACACUUUCAACAAUAAAAGUUUGUCUUCAUGAGAGAGAUGAUGUUUGGUGUGGUUGAGCCUUUCUGCCCUCACCAAAUUAUAAACACUGUAGCAAAUGAUGACUUUCAAAGAGGAAAAAGCAAAUGGCUCUGGAGGUUUGUCACAGCAAACACUGUUUCUUCAGCUGCUCCUUUUGGUACUUCCUAACGCUAUUUCCUUACAGUGGAUGGUUGUGCUGUGUACACCUUUCCACAGCACAAGUUGGGAGUUGCACUGAACACUGAGGUUUUUGUUAUCAUCAGUCAGUCACUAGGAUAUCUAAGUAUAAAGCAUUUGCUUGAUCAGAAAUAAUUAGGGACUAGCUUUGCUGCUGUGGUGAGUCAGAGGUAUGUUACAGAAACAGCCAUGACACCACCUUAUUUUCUCUGUCAUUUAAGCACUGGAUAGUUGAGUUGGUAGUUCUUUUUCUCCCGAUGAUGAUGGUAGAGUGAAGUGAGGUUUGAAUAAAAACCUGUGAACUGGAAAACUUUUAAUGUGUUUAAGCUUUAGAAAUUGCACAUUAUCUCCUGCAGCUGUUGUGAAAACUAUUGGCUACUUAGUUGUUUAUCCUCUAUCAUAAUUUAUUAAGCUUUAGGGUUAUCUUCAUAUGUAAUGAAUAUUAUUGGUCAGGAAUUUCACCUCCCUUUUUUACCUUCUUAGUUGUAGUCAGGACUAACAGCUGUUAGGCUGGGAACUUGAUCACCAAGAUGUAUGGAACAGAUAGCUGGAAUCAACACAAUUAUUCCAAUAUUUGGGAUUUAGUUGUACAUGUGGGAUAUCUUCUGCAAGGUGUAUAUAAUUUUACAGUCUAGUUUAUAGAUAUAAUUUUUGAGAUAAAUAACACUGCUUUUUAAACUAUCUAACUUAUUUCAUUUUUUUAAGAACUUUUAGAGAAACUUUUUGAAACGUGAGAAAAGCUGACUGCAUUUAGAGUGCAGAUAAGGCACAAGCAGACAGUAAGUUUCCACUUGUAAAUAACAACUAAAAUGUAUUUCACUGUGGCAAUAUUAGAAUCUGAACUCUCAACUGAAAUCAUGAAUUAGUGCUAAGGAUCACUUAGAGGUUUAGGUCAAAUCAAAAGCACCGUCACCUCUCACAGCUGGAGGCUGGGAAACAAAUGAAACUUUCAGUAAGUACACUCUGGCACGUUGGCAUGGUGUUAACAUGAUGCUUAUGCUUUCAAAGUAAGUAGCAUAUAAAAAUAGUAAAGUCUCAGUAUUUUGCUAGAAUGCCAUCUGACAGUCCUCAGGGUUUAAAGUAAAUUUUUAGAUAUAAUUAAUGGAAUGGCUUUUAUUAAUGACAAUGCAUACAGCUUUGUGAGACCUUGUCAGAAAAGUCCAGGUUGAGGUUGUCGGGGAUUGCAGCCAGAAUUUACAGACAUGGCUGAAUUCCCGUACUGCUGUUAUUGUGUGUGCCUGUUGGAUGGAUGUCUGUUCUAUGGCUAGGUUCUGCUCAGUUAAAUAGUUGCUGAUAGAAAAAUGGAAAAUGUACAGUGGCUCCUAGAUAGUAACAAACCUUUAACAUUUUCUGGAUAAAAGUUAACCUAGGUAAAAUCUUCCAAGUACUAACCUAAAGGAGGACUUUAUAUGGAAGAACUGUGCAUGUCAAGAGGCUCAUUAAAAUUGUUUUUCGUGGUUUUAAAACUUUCUGAAUUGCCGAUAUGGAGAAUUAAUGUAUUUAUAUUGAUAGUUGUGCAGAGUGGAGAGCUGAUUCAGUGUGAAUUUGUGUUUGAUACAGCCCAUUUCUCAAUCUGUUGCUGCUUUUUUAUUUAAAGUCUCAGGAAGUGCUUAGCAUGAUCACACUAAAAGGGCUCAGUCUAACCAUGCAAGUGAAUUUCAGGAUGCUGGUCUUCCAGAUCUCCAGCGUUGUCACUUCCAGUGCUAGCAGUGCAGAGGCUUGUAACACUACCUGGAAUCUGAGAACUGCUUUUUUUCUUUUUUUUUAAAUUAUUGCAAUGAAAGCCUGUGUGUCUAGGACUGUUGGAUACUCUAUUCCUGUGGAGCAGCUAAAGCUAGCUAUCUCUCUGCAGCAGUGAAGAAUUAUCUUCCCACUAGAACACUUUGAAUAGCUUUCGUUCAAAAUGUAUUCUUCCAAAGAGCAGCUGACUUGCAGAGAUGAAGUUUUACAUCAGUAUUAAAGACCUUUUCUCACUCAACUGCUUUCUCACAGUUUGCUCGUAUUUACCUACCAUUCCCUUAAUUUCUCGCAUUCUUGAUAGUUGCGUGCAAAACAAGGCAUUUAGCAGCUCAGCAGUUCUCUGUGGUUAAUCUCCUUGUUCCUGUAAUGCAGGGGUCCUCGAACUACGGCCCGCGGGCUGGAUACAGCCCCCCAGGGUCCUCAAUCCGGCCCCCGGUAUUUACAGACCCCCCUGCCCUGCCGGGGGUUGGGGGGAAACCAAGCAGCCGCAGAUGGCUUCCUGCCACUUCACCCGCACGCUGGGCCCCUGGUUAAAAAGUUUGAGGACCCCUGCUUUAAUGCUAGGAGUGGUGAGGAUUCUGUGUGAAGAUCAUGCUACUGUUAACAAGACUGUUUUGGCAGAUCUGAUGUAUUUAGGGCUUUACCUAUACAAGGAGUAGAAAGUACACAUUUCCAACUCUUUCCCCACCCUUUUCCUAUGUAUGGUGAAUAUGUGAAUGUUUAUUU